CCAACAUGAAGGGCGUUGUUUCGAUCUGCUGUUUUAUCUCUCUUCUGGCUUUGGCCACACCAGAAGAAGAAGAGGUAGUGGAAUCCAUUCUGAGAGACCGAUCUCACAUUGAGGAGACCCUAAGGUUGGCAGCAGAUGAAAACGCCGGAGACUAUGUGGCUGCUCUGCAAAAACUAAGGAAAAUUUACCACAACUCCAUCAGGCCUGUGGAACAUGCGUACAAGUACAAUGAGCUCAGACAACACGAGAUCUCAGCCUAUCCUGGACGCACCCUGGGGGAUUCGGCCACAGAUGGAGAGAUCGCCUCUAAGCCCAUGGUCCUGUUUCUUGGCCCCUGGAGUGUAGGCAAAUCUUCCAUGAUCAACUAUUUGCUGGGACUUCAGGACACACCGUAUCAGCUAUACACAGGAGCUGAGCCCACUACCUCUGAAUUCACGGUGAUCAUGCACGGUGAGAAAGUCCGGUCUGUGGAGGGUAUUGUUAUGGCUGCUGACAGCUCUCGAUCCUUCUCACCCCUGGAGAAGUUUGGCCAGAACUUUCUAGAGAAACUAAUUGGCAUUGAGAUGCCUCACAAGCUCCUCGAGCGCGUCACCUUCGUGGACACUCCUGGGAUCAUCGAGAACCGCAAACAACAGGAGAGAGGCUAUCCCUUCAACGAUGUGUGCCAGUGGUUCAUUGACCGUGCUGACCUAAUCUUUGUGGUAUUUGACCCCACCAAGUUGGACGUUGGCCUAGAGUUAGAGAUGCUCUUCAGGCAGCUGAAAGGUCGAGAGUCACAGAUCCGCAUCAUCCUCAACAAGGCAGACAGCCUGGCCACCCAGGAUCUCAUGCGUGUGUAUGGUGCCUUGUUCUGGAGCUUGGCACCCCUCAUCAAUGUAACCGAGCCCCCGCGUGUGUACGUCAGCUCCUUCUGGCCUUAUGACUAUGCCCCUGAUACCAGCCGUGAGCUCUUUAAGCGUGAGGAAAUCUCUCUCCUGGAAGACUUGAACCAAGUAAUUGAAAACCGUUUGGAGAAUAAGAUUGCCUUUAUUCGCCAGCAUGGCAUCCGUGUGCGUAUUCAUGCCCUGCUGGUCGACCGCUAUGUGCAGACAUUCAAGGAGAGGAUGAGCUUCUUCAGUGACCCUGAGGAAGUGUUUAAGGAGAUUGUGGACGACCCAGACAAGUUCUAUAUCUUCAAGUCUAUCCUGGCCAAGACCAACGUCAGCAAGUUUGAUUUGCCUAACCGUGAUGCUUACCGCGAUUUCUUUGGCAUCAAUCCAGUAAGUGGAUUCAAGCAGCUCUCGGCCCAGUGCUCUUACAUAGGAGGUUGUCUGCUGGAAAAGAUUGAGAGAGCCAUCACCAGUGAUCUUCCAGGCCUCCUGAGUAGUAUCCACUCCAAAAAGAACCCAGCCCUGUCCUCCUGCGAGGCCACCGGCUGUGGUGAAAAGCCCAAGAAUCGGUACCGGCGAAACUGAGAGAAGAGAAAGAGAAAAGUGGGAUUGGAGGAGGAAGAAGAGAGAAAAAAAUGAGCAAUAUUGGUAGCAGAGGAGCAGUGGAAACAAAUCCCUCUCCUGUCACAGGUCCGUUUCAGAAGCUGAGGAGAUUUUCUACAUGAGAAGAAUUCUUUAGUGUUAUUUUGGUGGAUAAAAGAACUAGGGAUGGGGGAUACCUUGAUAAAAUAAAUUUUUUGGGGGGGCUGGGUCAUAAGAAGUUCUAGCAAGGUUAUACGGCAAGAGGAUGCAAGCUUACCAAAAUAAAACUCUCCAGCUUAUUUUUGGGGGUUUUACGUUUGUGAACUGUCAUCAGUUUGGAAAGAAAAUGAGUACACUGGGGGAAAAUUUUUACUGCUACACAAACAAGACAAAGGAAUAUUCUGAGACUGACAAAUUCAGUAUAAGCUGCCUUAAAUAUGAAUAAGAAAAAAAGAAAGAAAAAUAGAAAAAGAAAGAAAUAGCUGUUAAUUCUUUUGGCAAGUUUUGUAUAAAAUCGAUGAAGGUUGUAGCUUAGUAAGCAAAGUGUUUAUAAAAAGGAACUGAACAGAUCAGCUCAUGAUUACACAUUCUGUUUUGUUAAUUUUUUCACUGCCAUAAACUCAUACCUAGACUGGUAUCUUUAAUUCUCGUGUUUCUUCUUACUCACUUAAUACACAUUGUGUUGGUAAAUCAGAUCUGCUCUCGGUUCUAUUUCCAUGUGAACAGAACAAAACUUUGAAUAUGGCUCAGCUGUAACCCAAGUCAGGGCCUAAUUUGGCUUUAGAGUAUUAUUUGCCCAUGUGUUUUAACUGUAUAGCUAAUAUUUAUUGAGAAAUGAGUAAACAGUAGAGUGUCAUGAAAAUCAUGUGAAUAAAAAGGUUUGUGAACAUAA